AUGUUCACUGGCCUGGUCGAAACAAUUGGGACGUUCGACAAGGACUGGUUCAAAGUAGGCGUUGCCCCCGAGACUCUUCGCCGGACCAAUCUCGGAUCUCUCCAGGCCAAUUCCAAGGUCAAUCUGGAACGGGCAGUGUCUUCGGAGACACGGAUGGGUGGUCACUUUGUCCAGGGCCAUGUUGAUACCACCGCAAAGAUCCUCUCGGUCACCCCGGAUGGGAACGCGCUUACCUUCAGACUGCAGCCAAGGGACAAAGGCAUAUUACGAUAUGUGGUUGAAAAGGGCUUCAUAACCCUGGACGGGGCCAGCCUUACUGUCACGAAAGUGGUCGAUGGCGACGAUGGGUACUGGGAAGUCAUGCUCAUCGCCUACACUCAGGAGAAAAUCGUCACGGCCGCAAAGAAACCGGGCGAUGAUGUUAAUGUUGAGAUUGACAUGGUGGGAAAAUACGUUGAGAAGAGCGUGCAGGCCUACUUCAGCCAAAACACUGGAGGCGACUUUACCAUACUGGAAAGGAUGGUUGAGAAGCUGGUGAAUGAGAAGCUCAAGCAGACAUAA